UUGUUGUGUUUGCUGCACCGUAGUUUUAUCAAAGGCGCACAGUGUUUGAUCAUUGUUUCUUGCCACGAUAUAUUUUUUAUUUAAAAAAACAUUUUUUUUUGUUUUUUUUCGCGACACAUUUUCGAAAAUUUUCAAUCUUUCGGCAAAUCAGCACUCUAUUCAUUUUGUUUUGGUAAGUUUUUCAACAGGUUUUCUCGUCACUAUUUUCUGCCCCUUUUUUAUUUUGUUCACUUCCUAUUAUCACAAUAGAUAACUUGAAAUCCCAAAUACUAUACUUUUUGAAAAAAAAGGUUCAAGUAUUUGACCACAAAAUACACAAAUGUACAAAUUGUGGUUUAAAGUCACUUUUUAUCUCUAAAUCUCUCAAAUAGAAUGACCUCCAACGCAACUAUUUCGUUUUCUUCGUCUCGUUUCUCUCGUGUAGUUUAUAGCCAUUUUUUGUUUUGUGUUCAACAAUGAUAAAACUAUCGUCACAAUAAACAUUAUUUGACAAUUCGCUGAUUGAUUAGGCACACUUUUUGGCAUUUGUUGUUAUUUCAAACUUUCGCGCUCACUUUAGAUAUUUUUCCUUAAUAAUUCAUAAAUAAUUUCAGAAAUGUCGUCAGCCGUUGCUCCGAUUUUCGGAGUUCUCGGAAGUUGUAUGGGAUGUAUGAUUUUCGUUGAAAAUAUCGCCAAACAAGAGCCAUCCGCAAUGAAUUUAAUGACUUUCUCAACAUUUUUAUUCAUCGCAACUCAUGGUAUCAUUUUUACCUCGAAGUUUUUCACUGUUGGCAACAAAAUUCCAUUAAAGUAAGUUUUUUUCAAAAUUCUUUUCAGUCUAUUUCAAAUUUUUACAGAGGAUAUGUCAAAACAGUUAGUAUGUUUUUCAUUGUGAAUGUUGUCAAUAAUCAAGCUCUCAAUUAUCAUGUCCCAGUCCCACUUCAUAUUAUUUUCAGAUCUGUAAGUUCAGAUUUUUAUUUUCUCAGAAAAUUUUCAAAUAUAUAUUUCAGGGUUCCCUUCUAGCUACACUUGUUCUUUCGGUUUUAUUGGUCGGAAAAAGUUAUUCGCCUAGAAAAUACAUUUCAGUAAUUGCUAUAACUGUUGGAAUUGUGAUUUGCACUUUGGCAACAAGUUCACAAGGAAGCGAUUCAGGUUUGAGUUAUGAAGAAGCAUCGAAACAUUAUAGGGAAUGGAGUAUUGGAAUUGCUAUGUUAUCAUUUGCACUUUUGGCUUCCGCUUUUUUGGCGAUUUGCCAACAACAAAUGUAUGAAGUUUAUGGAAAACAUCCAGAUGAGGCCAUGUUUAUUACUGUGAGUUUAUUUUCAAAAUCGGGAAAAACCUUUUUUUAAUUUGGAUGCUUUUCCGAUAAAAAUAUUGAAUUUAUCUAAAAUUCGAAUAAUUAAUUCAGUCACAGAAAAAUGAUCAAAUUUAUUAGUUUUCUCAAUUCUCUGAGCUUUUUCUGUACAAAAUUUGCAGAAAAAUUUAUCCUAACUCUCGAAAAUGUAUCAAAAACAAAAAAGAAGACUAAAUUUCAAUUUUCCGUCCAAAAUGAAUUAUCGAACACAAGAAUUUGAAAAUAUCUAUGUUCCUGGAAAAAUCAAAUCAAUAAUUUCAGCACUUCGUCGCUCUUCCAUUUUUCCUUUUGAUGGGUGGUGAUAUUUUGUCAGCGGCUGAAAAACUUAGUGUAAGUUCAGUUUUCCUUCUCCCUCCAAAAAUUCAACAAAUUUCAGGCGAGCAAGCCCUAUCCACUUUUGCCUUUCAAUAUUCCAUCACUUUGGAUUGAUCUUCUCGGAAGUUGUAUUCUCCAAUAUUUAUGCAUCAAAUUCGUUUAUCAAUUGAAUUCUCGUGUUGAUUCACUUACCGUAACUUUGGUUGUUACACUUCGCAAAUUUUUGUCUUUGAUUGUCUCGAUUGUUUAUUUCAAAAAUCCAUUUACUAGUGAGUUUAGGGGAAAUCUAUUAUUCCUCAAAACAUCUGAUUUUAGGUCAACAUUGGGUUGGAGCAAUCUUGGUAUUUGCCGGAACUCUUGCUUUUGCUGAUAUUUGGGGAUCAUCUGCUCCAGCUAAAAAAAUCGACGAAAAGAAAUCGCAGUAA